CUCUCGCGAUAGCCGAGACUAGAGUUUCCGGACGUGAAGCCCCGGAAGAAGCGUGGUUACUGCCCGGACCUGGCUACGCUGAGACGCCGACAGCAUGCAGUCGGACGAUGUUAUCUGGGAUACACUAGGAAACAAACAAUUUUGUUCCUUCAAAAUAAGAACCAAGACUCAGAGCUUCUGCAGAAAUGAGUACAGCCUGACUGGACUGUGUAAUCGGUCAUCCUGCCCCCUGGCAAACAGUCAGUAUGCCACAAUCAAAGAAGAGAAAGGACAGUGCUACUUGUAUAUGAAGGUCAUAGAACGCGCAGCUUUUCCCCGGCGUCUCUGGGAACGGGUCAGACUCAGUAAAAACUAUGAGAAAGCACUGGAGCAAAUAGAUGAAAAUCUCAUUUACUGGCCUCGUUUUAUUCGACACAAAUGCAAGCAGAGAUUCACCAAGAUCACCCAGUACCUAAUUCGAAUUCGAAAACUCACCCUAAAGCGACAGAGGAAACUUGUUCCUUUGAGUAAGAAGGUGGAGCGGAGGGAAAAAAGAAGAGAGGAAAAGGCAUUAAUAGCUGCUCAGCUGGACAAUGCCAUCGAAAAGGAAUUACUGGAGAGACUGAAACAAGAUACGUAUGGCGACAUCUACAACUUCCCCAUUCACGCCUUCGACAAGGCCCUGGAACAGCAGGAGGCAGAGAGUGACCCUUCAGAUGCUGAGGAAAAAGACGAAGAUGAUGAUGAAGAGGAUGUGGGAAAAAGAGAAUUUGUGGAAGAUGAUGAGGGAGAUGAGAGUGACAUAAGUGACUUCGAGGAUAUGGAUAAACUGGAUGCCAGCAGUGAUGAAGAUCAGGACGAUAAAUCUUCCAGUGAGGAAGAGGAGAAGGCACUUAAUGCUAAACACAAAGGCAAAACCCCCUUGAAAGGACCUUUGCAGAGAAAACGUGCCUACGUGGAGAUAGAAUAUGAACAGGAGACAGAGCUCACGGCCAAAGCCCAGACCACGUGAUUUCUCUUCAUUUAUAAACAGGACUGGAUAUUUUUUAACUUCCUUCUUUUUUGUAUCUUAAACACAUACACACCUCAAGUCUUUGCUCUUUUGUGUUGUUUUUAACACAGUAUUUGUAUUCUCAAUAUUUGUCACUUUUGUGGGGCAAGAAAUCUGGGAAGGAAGUGGAGGAAAGUCUUAAAUUGUAAACAGUGUAUUUUUGUAGUACUUUUGGCAUAUGUGUUAUAGUAACAGCUUGAAUCCAAGAAGCUUAACAGAUGAGUUCUUGAGGCUGGAAUGAGAUUGUGGGUGUAAACAUUUCUAAAUUUGAAAUGUAACCCACCCUUGUUUCCUUUGCGUGUCUCCCUCCCUCUGCAACAAACUUUCAUUUAGAAAUUGCAGGCCCUAAAUCUUUCCUCCUCUUUCUUUCCCCACUCCAUGGGGGAAAAAGGAAAUUUUUAAAAAAGGAAGCUAUAACUUAACAAUGUUUGGUGUAAAAAUACCUUUUUCCAUAAAUAGCACCAUUCAUACAAUCUGAAAUAGAAAGGAAAUCCUUUCAUCUUUGGGUAAAUAACACAAAUCUUAAGUUCCAUGGUAGUGACCGCCUUCAGAAGCCUGCUGCACUUUUCUGAUACAGUUCAACACCUUGCCAUCUUCACAGCUUUGGGGAAUCUUGGCCAGGAGACUCUGAAACAUGAAGCCAAACAGGCUUUGUUUUGUUUUUUAAUUAUUUAUUUUUCCCCCUUCUACCUUGGUUUUUCAUUUUUGGUACCAUACUCAAGAAGGAAAGAAUGGAUGACACUGGGGCCAGUUCACAGAAUACUAGUCAGGAGGUGCUACUUUAGGACCUGCACUGGCACGCUUAGAAAUGUCCUGCUGGCUCAUGCAGAAGCAGCUUAAUAUGAGCCAAGAGCAAAGUAAGUUGGAUCUAGGGCUUGAAACUGCCUGAGAUUAAAGAGCUGACAUGAAGUAAGUUUAAUAAACUAAUAAAACAAUAUACUACUGUAUUCUAAAAA